AAAUUAGGGCAUUAACUCAGAAAAAUUCCCAAUCAAUCGAUUCAUUCUUCAUCCCUUCAAGUCAAUCAAGGAAAUGUCUGGCCGUGGAAAGGGAGGAAAGGGGUUGGGGAAGGGAGGAGCAAAGCGUCACCGGAAGGUUUUGAGAGAUAACAUUCAGGGCAUUACCAAGCCUGCCAUUCGCCGUUUGGCUCGUAGAGGUGGUGUGAAGCGUAUCAGUGGAUUGAUCUAUGAAGAAACCAGAGGGGUUUUGAAGAUUUUCCUUGAGAAUGUUAUUCGUGAUGCUGUUACUUACACUGAGCAUGCAAGGAGGAAGACGGUGACUGCUAUGGAUGUUGUUUAUGCCUUGAAAAGGCAGGGAAGGACUUUGUAUGGUUUUGGAGGUUAGGUUAUGGUUUUGGUCUAGAUAAUAUUUGUAUAGGUUGUUUCUUUUCUGCUGGGUUUCUUUGUUUCUGCAAGUUCUUUUCUUAUUGUUCUGGCAAAAUGAUAAUGGUUCAUUAUCCAAUUGUGCUUUUGCGUUACUA